AUGGGCGGGACAGCGGCCACAGAGCCGCCCUCGGUUUCCCUCUCAUUCGCCAACAAUUUCUGGGGCAAAGAUGACGCUGGCGUCGGACCUAUGCUGGACCGCAUGCACAAUGCAAAGGUCUGCAACGACGAGCUGAAGAACUUCUACGCCGCACGAGCCGCAAUCGAGGACGAAUAUGCGCGAAAGCUCCUCAACCUCUCGCGCAAGCCACUGGGCUCUGCCGAGUCCGGCACACUACGACUAUCCUGCGACGUCAUCCGCGCCGAGGUUGAAUCAAUGGGAAAGGCCCACCAGAGCAUCGCACAACAAAUGAAGACGGAGCUAGAAGAACCGCUCGCUGCCUUCGCCGGCGGAAUGAAGGAGCGCAGGAAGAUUGUGCAAAACGGUAUUGAGAAGCUCCUCAAGCUCAAGAUGCAGCAAACAUCGACCGUCAACAAGGCGCGCGACCGCUACGAGCAGGACUGCCUCAAGAUCAAGGGCUUCCUCGCGCAGGCACACAUGGUCAUGGGCCAUGAGGAGCGGAAGAACAAGGCGAAGCUGGAGAAGACACAGAUCAACCUCUCGACCACUAGCAGCGAGUACGAGGCCGCGGUCAAGGUGUUGGAGGAGACAACAGGCCGGUGGAACAGGGACUGGAAGGCAGCAUGCGACAAAUUCCAAGACCUCGAGGAAGAGCGCAUCGACUACACCAAGAGCAGCUUGUGGAACUUUGCCAACAUCGCAUCAACUGUAUGCGUGAGCGACGAUGCCUCGUGCGAGAAGAUGCGGCUCUCACUAGAGGACUGCGACGUGGAGAAGGACAUCACAGGCUUCAUCAAGGACCUAGGCACUGGUCAGGAGAUACCGGACCCGCCCAAGUUCAUCAACUUCUGUAGAGGAGACGCCGAGACAUCAUCACAAGCAUCCGAAGACGAGAACUACUCCGUUGCGCAGUUUGCACGGACUAUGAAUCCCGCUUACCGUGCCUCGUCCCCUCAGCCUUCCAUGUUUGAAUCUCACCACGAUCCCAACAAUCCUCUGGCCAAAGAGCUGGGACUGCAGCAAGAUACCCAGCCAAUUCCGAUCAUAUCAACGCUCCUCGACGCCAAUCACAAGAUCAGAUCCACGCUCCUCGGCGCCAAUCUCAAGAUCAAAUCAGCGUUGCUCCACGACAGGCAGCGCCUCCACAAGAGCAGAGGAAUGUCGCAUCGCGACAAUCGCACGCACCUCCUCAUGACCCUAUGGAUGUUGCGUCCCGACACUCGAGAGGGCCCCCUCAGGACCACAUCGACGUUGCUCCACGACGCUUCACCAGGCAAACCGAUGGCCCAGUCACCAAUGCCGGAACCCAGCCCUAUUGAGGAUAUGUCAAAGAAGAGAGGAUUUUUCAACAGUCCGUUUGCUCGCAGAAAGAAGCCUGUGGACCCUCGUGCAAACUUCCAACUCAAUGUCGGGAAUAAUGUGUUCGAUGUAGCGUCACCAGACAAGAAGAAGCAACAAGAGUCGCAAGAGCCACAAGAUGAACUUGACCCGAUUGCACAAGCUCUUGAGGAGCUCAAAGUCGUUACCAAGCAGACGUCUCAGAGAGUCACUGCGGACCGCUACCAUGGACUGGCCACACCUGCACCUCCUGCAACACCAGCUGUGGGUGCGAACCUUCCCGGUGGAGCACCCACGCCCCUCGCGAGCGCAUCCAUUAAUGCGGCAAAGCGUGGUACUCCUCCACCGUCGUACGAACAACCGCCAAUGUCUCGCCUCGGAGCUCCCAAGCCUGCUCAUACGUCACGCCAGAUGCAGAAGACAACGCAGAUGUAUGUCAACCAAAAGGUCAACAUGUUCAAUGGCGGUGCAGACACGCGAUCGUCGUCACGUAGCCCAACAAAGCAGGAGCCUCCUCGAGUGGCUUCACCCGCGCCACCACCCCCACCAGCACAAGCCUACGGGACUCCCGUAGGGCGCAACUCGUACACGUCCACACGAGGCGCGUCUCCCACUGUCAAUGCCAUGCCACGAGCGGCAUCGCCUCAACCGCCUCCUCAGCCCACAUAUGCUCAGACGCAAGCAUCUCAAUCACGCCCUGCGUCUCGUGCAGCACCCUCAUCGCGCGCUGUCAGUCCUCAGCCGGCAUUCCGCCAAUCAUACGACCGUCCGUCAAGCUCUCGGGGUAGCGAGAAGGCACUCUCUAUUGCAGCGCCUAGUGAACGUGGCGAAGGCAGUGUGUAUGGUGGUAGUGUACGAGGUCGCGGUAACGCUGCACGUCCACAGAGCAGCUACUAUGGUGGCAGUGGAAGUAGCGAAUUCAACUUCAAUGGUGGCGGCGGUGGUGGAAGUAGUGUGCGCGCCGAAAGUAGAGUUAGGAGCAAGAGUUUGGCCGAGCCCAAACAGUACAAUCGCGAUGGCAGGAUUAUUUUGAACUAUUGGAUGGAAGCUAACAUGGACACAGCACGAGCCAUGUACAGCUACAAUGCUCAGAUUCCCGAGGAACUAGGCUUCCAGAAGGGUGACAUCCUUGCUGUCUUGAGAUUGCAGGAUGACGGCUGGUGGGAGGCAGAAGCGGUAGGCAAGAAUGGUCGACCUGGUCUUGUGCCGUCGAACUACUUACAAGCCUGUUAA